AUGAACGUGCAAAGUGCCUUCAACCGUCAAGAUCGACUCGUCAAAGUCGUUCCAAGACCACGGUAUGGUCCAAGCACGGAAAACUCCAGCGCGCCCGUCACCCUGGACCUCGCCUUGAUCCAGAGCCUCUUCCACAUGCGCCAGAGCAACGCUGCUCACUGCCUCGGGAUCUCCGUCACCUCCCUCAAAACCGCGUGCAGGCGCAUGGGGAUACACAAGUGGCCCUACAGCAGGUGGCCGAUGCCCGAGGACACAGGGGAGCAACAUGGCGAGGGCAACGAGGGCGACAGGAGAGGAAGGGAGGGAGACGAGGGGGGCCAGGAGAUGUGGGAGCUUGAGAGAGGGAGGGGGGGAGAUCAGGAGCUGAUGGAGGAGGGGCUGGAUCACGUGUCGGGGACGAGGUAUGCGGACUUCCGUUGA